AUGCAUAAACAACGAAGCAUAAACAAGGCUGAUAUAUGUGAAGAGGUUUACCCUACUCUUCAUAAAUAUAGGAAAGGAAAUUCUCAAGUAGGUACAUUUUUAAAAAAAGAAGAUAAUUCUGCUUUAAAAAAUAGUCCACAAAUUUAUAAUGAUUCAAAAAAAAAAAAAUCUCCAUCAUCUAACAAAUCAAAAAAACUACAUAAAAAAUAUGAAAAUAUAUCAAAAAUCAAAAUGGAGAAUUUUUUAAAAUGUCCUAUGGCUUAUCAUACCAAUUUUUUGGGUACAAUACUUUUUGUAAUUGGAAGUGUUUUUUUUCUUUUUUCUAAUUUGUAUAUAUAUGGAUGUUUAAUUUUUGCAUUCGCAUGUGUGUUAUGUUUUUAUAGCAAUUUAGUAGGUGCUACUAAUAUUAAAUUAAAAAGGAAAAAUGAAUUUUAUGGUUUUAUAUGUUAUAUAAUUGGAUGUCUAAUUUUUAUUAUUGGGUCUAUUUAUAGUUGUUUUAAAGAUGAUUAUUAUGCUGUGGGAAGUUUUAUUAUAGGUAGCCUAUUUUUUUUAAUUGGAGCAUUUCUUUUUUUCUUUACAAUAAAUCUUAAGAAAAUUAAAUGUGUUAAUUAUAAAAUUUUAAUUGUCUUUAUUUCAAAUUUUAUUGGUGGAGUUUUGUUUACUGUUGGUAGCAUUUUUUUUCUUUACUCUAAUUUAUAUAUUGAAGCUUGUUAUUGUUUUAUAAUAGGUAGUGUUUUAUUUACGUUGGCUACAUGGUUUGAUUAUAUUAUUUACAUUAAUGAUACAUUUUAA